AUGAAUAUGUCACGUAUACCUUCAAGUUUUGAUGUGACCCAAAAGGAAUUGGAAGAAAUGUCCUUUUGGGAGAGAGUGAAGCAUCAUUGUAAACAACAGCCAUUCGUUCCUAUUGGCGCCCUACUGACAACUGGUGCUGUUAUUAUGGCAGCUGAAAGUAUUAGAGUAGGUAAUAAACGUAAUGCACAGUACUACUUCCGUUGGCGUGUGGGCCUUCAGGCGGCAACGUUGACAGCUUUAGUCGCUGGGUCUAUUAUUUACGGUACAACUGUAGCAGGUAAUAAGAGUAAAGAGGAACGUAUGAAAGAGAAAGCAAAGAUGAGGGAGAAAUUGUGGAUACAGGAAUUGGAAAGAAGGGACAGAGAAACUCAGGCUAGAAAAGAGAAAGCGGAAAAUGCUAGAUUGAAAGUUAAGGAGAAUGAAGAAUCAAUACGCCAGCUGGAGAAAGAGCUGAGUGAACUAGAAAGCAAAUUAAAUAAGAAAUGA